AUGCUCUUGAAUAGGCCUACACUCCUACUUAUUGCCCUUGUUUCUCUUGGUGUCGGGGACAUUGUUGCCACCCCCAUGGAAACAACAACAGCCUCAUCGCAAGAGGCAUCAAGCAGUGAACCGCAGAAUAAUGUGUCGUGCGGUGAAUACUUCGAUCAGUUCUGCGAAGUGAAGGACGCCCAGAACCCACAUUGCCUCUACCGCAAAGACACGUUAGAUGAAGAAUAUAGGAAAAUGGGCAAGUGGAAAUCAUAUAUGUCUCCAGAGAUACACAAACACUGCAAAAUCUGCGGAACACGAAGAACUUACCAGCGCAAGCCGAUCAUCAAUAAAAUUUACGGUGGUAUCGAGGCAAUGCCACAUUCGUGGCCUUGGAUGGCAGGUUUGUACGAAUCGGUUCCUCUUAGACGGGAUCUCGAUGUCCCUGUUCAAAGGAGAACCUACUCGAAGAUAAUUUGCGGGGCCACUUUAAUUUCUCAAAAGCACGCCAUUACAGCAACUCACUGUCUCCUAGGCGAAAAUUAUGGCAAAGUGUUGAUGAAAAAACAAUGGUAUCCGAUCAACGAAACGGCGCAUAAAAAGCUCUUCCUGCGAUUUGGUGAUCACCAUCGCAAUGACUGGCCAUUUGAACCCCAACUUGAUAUUUACAUCCGGAGAUUUAUGAUCAGCAGAUCCAAUCGAUAUGUUUUAAAUGGAGGUUUAGCUAUUCUUGAACUUGAACGACCUCUGAAUUUUAGUAAGUUCUAG